AUGGCAGCCUUGAGAACAAAUAUCAAGAUGUUUGUUGACUCAGGCAAUAGAACGUAUCUGCUCACUACUGUCAUCCUCUCUGUCAUAUUUGCGAUUCUUGCGAUCAAAAGAGGACUGCGAAUCUUGCAAGAGUGGAAAUUCGCGCGUCUGAAUCAUUGUCGGAAGCCUCUAGUGGCAUCAUCUGGUUUUCUGGGGAUUGGUCGCAUGAUCUCGAUGCUGUCAGCGAUGAAGAAAUGCGAGGCCUUGGAGCUCAUCCGAAGCUGGCAUCAACAGUAUGGGAAAACAUAUCGCACAUCAUUGGGCCGUACAGUCAUAAUGACUAUUGAGCCUAAAAAUGUGCAAACAAUUCUUGCUCUCAAAUUCAAAGAUUUUGAGCUAGGGCACUAUCGGAACAAAGCAUUGGCGCCACUUCUUGGUCAGGGUAUAUUUGCCAGUGAUGGCGAGAUAUGGGAACAUUCAAGGGCUCUUGUGCGGCCGAACUUUGUUCGUAGCCAGGUCGCGGACAUUAAAAUCUACGAGAGACACGUCGCCAAGCUUAUCGCAAAUAUCCCUGGUAAUGGGCAGACUGUAGACCUACAAGACUUAUUUUUUCGGAUGACCAUCGACUCUGCUACCGAAUUUCUCUUUGGGGAAUCCAUUGAUUCGCUCAGUGUUGGUAGUCAACAAUCAGCUUUUGCGAAUGAUUUCAAUACUUCUCAAGAUGGACUGGCCAUUCGCGUCCAAAUGGGACCUCUAAUGGUCUUCCACAAAAAUAGCGCAUUCUCAAAGGCAACAAUUGACGCGCGUCGUUUCGUAGAUCAAUUCGUUCAGAAGGCUAUUGACUAUCGAAAUGCAUGCGGUGACAAGAAGAAUGCCUCCAACUCGUUGGAUCAGCAAUAUGUCUUUCUCUACGAGCUUUCUAAGGAAACUGUGAAUAAAACAGUGCUGACUGAUCAGCUCUUAAAUAUCCUUCUAGCUGGUCGAGACACUACUGCGAGUCUUCUUAGUAUUACAUUCUUCAUUUUGGCUCGACGUCCUGACAUUUGGGCCAAACUGAGAGAAAAUGUGCUAGGUUUAGAGGCAGAAAGACCCUCCUUUGAAGAUUUGAAGUCAAUGACCUAUCUUACGUGGGUUUUGAACGAAACUCUGAGACUAUACCCGGUGGUUCCAGUCAAUACACGCAUGGCCAAUAAAGAUACUUACCUUCCCGUUGGUGGAGGUCCGGAUGGUAAAGACCCGAUAUUCGUUCCAAAAGGACAGGAAGUCUUCUACAGCGUAUAUAGCAUGCAUCGUUUGCCCGAAGUGUACGGACCGGAUGCGACCGAGUAUCGACCUGAACGAUGGGAAAAUUUAAAGCCAGGAUGGGCUUAUAUCCCAUUCAACGGAGGUCCAAGGAUUUGCAUCGGCCAGCAGUUUGCUUUAGCGGAAGCUGGUUAUACGAUUGCACGUAUUGUUCGGCAAUUCACGAAAAUUGAAUGUCGAGACACGAGACCUUUUAAGGAGGGUCUUACUCUUACCUUGGCUAGUAAGAAUGGAACAAAGGUAGCUCUAACUCCGGCAUAG